UCUUUCUAAACAGACGACAAAUGUCCAAGGGAAUUUACUAAAAAACUAAUCAUUACGUAAUUAUUUGUUCUAAUAUUAGUUAACAAUUUCAAACUUAUAAUUGCACUGAUUUUAACAUGUUGUUUUCGAGGGACAAAGAUGAUGAUGAUGACUUCAACCCCAAUCCCAAUUAUCACUCAAACUUGGCAUCUAUAUUUGGCAAUGCUGGUAGUGGUGGAGAAAAUAAUUCUAGUUUGACAUACACACCUCCGAAGCAGCCUCGGCGACAAAACAAACCAAGCACCAUCGCGGCCCCUUCGUCUUCCGGGAGAUCAUCAAGUCUUCUGUGUGCCAAAACAGUUCAAACAUUCAAAAUGGUGGAUGGAGCUUACCAGAACCAAGGCAAGUUGGGAGCAGCUGUGCUCAGUUUUGGGUCAGAAGAAGGUGCCACUUACCAGAUCCUGCUGUACCGAGAUAAGCAGAACCAUCUGUGUAACUCUAGGAUACUCAGAGAGUUCAACUUCCAUAUCCAGCCCAAGAAUUAUUGCACUUUCUAUGAUAAACUCAACACCAUCUGGUCUAUAUUGUUUGACAGCCCUGCAGACAUGGUGGAAUUUAACUUGCAGGUGGCCAAGUGUAGAUGGAAGGCUGAACAUUCCACCAGUCCCAUCCUAAUACAAGACCUGUGGUGUCCUGUCCAGAGCGGGGACUCUCCCGUAGCUGCAGCGGGGGACUCUGUCGAUCUCACAUUCACACUCUCAACUAUCGACAACACGACUCAGGAAGUGGGACAGCCACAGCGGAUUGACGUUCAAGUGGAGUCAUCAGGGUGGAAGCAAGCAUUGAUUGGAGUCCAGUUAAACACACAACGAGUCAUCAUACUUCAGCCAUUCAUGCUGGGUGAUUUGAAUCCCAACGAGUCUGUUUACAAAAGUCCUGUGGUUGUCAAAUUUACGGUGCUUCAAGUUACCAAAGUACCCCAACCAGAACCUCCUCCCGUUCCGCCAGCAAAGGAAAUAAAACACCAAGAGACAGAGACGCCAAAACUGGAGCCAUCGCUUCCAGAAGUAUCUGAACAGAAAGUUGAGGAGACCCCACGUAGUCCUAAGAGCACCAAGGUUGAUUUGAUCAACCGUAUGGCACGAAUGGGACAAGCUUUGCCGUUCAAGACAGCCGUUCCAACCCCUUCCGAUUCUGAUGAAACUGAGGAGGAUCGCAACCUGCCGACACACAGGCUCAGUAAAGUAGUUCCCAAACCAAGGACAAGACAAAGUGCUACAGUUCCCCUAGCUGUGCAGGGAGAGACAGUUCCUGCCAAGCCACAUGCCACUGUUACAUCUCAAGUACCUUUACAAUGGGCAACAACCAUGCAGCCUUACUCUGUAGGCAACAUGUAUCCAGUUCCUCAAAUCAGCUCUCCGCUAGAGUCACAUUCCCAGUUCAAUAUGUUCCUGUCAGAAGUUAGAACUACAAACUCCGAACUGAGAAUGGGACUGACAAGACUGACUGAUAAAGUUGAUAAUCUUCAUACCAAGGUUGAAGAAUCUAAAAAUGCUCCCCCGUCUCUAGGAAUUGGUCCUGUUUUGGAGCAGUUAAAGGACGGAGAGAAACAUUUAAAGGAUCAGUUGCAUCAAGUCUUGACCAUUUUACAAAACACUCAACUUGUCAGUCAGAACAGAGCAAGUGCAGAGUCUACGGCUCAGUCAGCUGUUACACCAAGAACGUCCGAUGUGGAGCCUUGUCUCAAAUGUGUACAGCUACAGCAGACCAACACAGAACUGUCAGAAAAAGUUAAAAAGCUUCAGGAAGAAAAUGAAUUUCUCCAGAUUAGUUUAUCUGCACAAAAAGAUGCAUUGUUCAACGCAAAAAUUGCUGAUAAAGAUCAACUAUCUCAAAUCAACUCUCUCCAAAAGCAGGUCUCUGAAGAGCAGAGACGCGUUUUGGAGUUGAAUAACCGUUUGGCGAGUCUUGAAAGAGUCGAGGAAACUCUGAAAAGUGAUUUGCAAACAGCAAACAAUACCAUUACAGAGCUGCAAGAUACGAUACGGGAAAAGCAAACCAGUAUUGACAGGUUAGAACAGGCUUUGAAGGAAAGUGAGGAAACCAAGUUGGAGGAAGUGAGACGGAACAUGCAGGAGGUGAUGGACCCAAAACCCGUCAUCGAGGAACACAUCAAGAAAAUUUCAAACGCUGUUUAUAGAAUGGUUAAGGUGCAGUUUGAGCCCCAAGUGAAAUAUGAUGCUAACUUCAUACAGUCUGUGUUGGCAGAAACAAUUAAGGCUGUGACACUUCAAUAUCUCCAGAAUAGUGACUUGACCAAUUCAGAGAAACCGAUAGCAACCAAGAUAGACUCAGUUUCAGACAUCUCUGGUCAGACUAAACAUGAAGAUUUGAAUGUUGAAGAGGAGAUGCGCUCUACAUCUGAUGUCGAAAGUAAAUCUGAAGUUUCAACAUCCACCCAACAAUCCUCUGAAGACAGCCUGAAUAAUCAAGCUCAAAACACAACAGAAGGCAAAGUUGAUACAGUUCCUGGAGAAAACCAAUCAGAAGUGAAGUCUGACAGUGAAAACGAAAAGGCUAAUAUUGUUAGCAACUCUUCAGCCAAAUUAGGUCCUGCAACAUGUGUGCCUGACACCAAUGAGGAAUCAUCAGAUGAUACUCAGAGUUUGGUAAGUGAGAAGCUAGAGCGAGUGUUGUUGCACAUAGCUCAGUCGCAGAGUAAGAUGUCCAAUCAUCCUCUUUCUCUAUUCCAUUCUUCCAUGGACCCUACCACUUCCUCCUUCACUCCUUGGCCGCCUCAUAUAGAGGAGAUUCAGGUUUGGCGACCACAGCCGCCCCCUCCUCCUUUGUUCGAAGACGAAGAAGCAGACGACGACUGGUUAAACUCUUGAGAACGCUCUACAGAACGCUUUAAUGUAUUCAAAUCUAUAAAUUAUUCCUUGUAUUGUGUUAAGCCCUUAGGUUAUAACACUUGUGAUAUUUGCUAUUCCUGUAUAAAAAAUAUACAAUAAAUAGAUAUAAAAAUAUGUUAUAUAUCUUUUUUAUGUAAUAAAUAUAAACAUUUUAAAGAGUA